GUCCGCAGAGCGUAUGCAAAUUAGGCUUAAUGCGGUUCGAGGCGCAGAAUCCCGUUCCGCACGUACGUGCUCUCGUGGAUUCUCGUUUUGCGAGAUUUUGGCUGACGCGGGAGUAUAGCUGUAUACAAAUUACGUGUACAACUCGUACUCGCUCAAGAUGUCGUCAUGGUGUGGUUUUCCAAGCCAUUGAGGCAGGUGACAAUUUUAGGCGAUUCGAUUAUAAGGAACAUUUCAGAAGGCUUCUCUUCAGAUUUUGAUGUGAACGUUCACUGUCUGCCGGGUACAACAUAUCAACGUUUAAGAACUUAUAUUAAUAGCAACACUGACAGUUUUUUCAAGGAUACACCAAUAGUUUUAGUCCACGUUGGGACAAAUAACCUUCAAGGAGGAGUGUGGGAGAAAGACAGGUGGCAAUUUUUGAACUUAAUUUUUACAUUAAAAGAGAAGUUUCGCUGUGCAGACAUUUUCGUUUCUUUGAUUCUACCUCGCUGGGACUGUGAUUUGCUGUAUGAACAAAGUAAAUAUUAUAAUACAAAAAUAAUAGAAUUAUCCAUAAUACAUAAUUUCAAAAUAUUUGAUAGUGUGAAAGACUUUAAUAGAACAGAUGCUUAUUAUACAUUAGAUGGACUACAUCUGAACAUCGUUGGGAAAGCUUUCUUAGCGCAAAAUGUUGAAAUUUAUUUAAAUGAUGUAUAUACGCCGAAACUUUCUUUGUUGUCACCAUGGAUCCCCCUUGAGCUAAAAAUACUUCACACUCCAAAAAAGAAAAAGCAGCAGCCAUUGCCAUGGACUGAAACCAACUUGGAUCUCGUGGCAUACAAGAAGAGGGAGAAAUAUGGGACACACAGAUAUAAGGGCAGAAGGAAACACAGAAUUCCACGGAAGCGGAAUCAGAAGUAUACAGCACCUGUUGGCUUUCAACUCCCCGUAAACCCGUAUCGGCCCCCUCCACCACCACAGCUUCCACCCAACAGAUAUGUACCCAGCAAACUACCAGCAACAAUACCAUAUAUCAACGUUACAACAUCUAUCCGACAUGCCCCUAUCACACCGUCUACCCCCAUCCCGGCACCACCAAGCCCAUAUUUGCAAAGAAAAAAGUGCGGACAGCGAAAGAGGAGGAGGCAGCAAAGGGAAAAGGCAAAACGUAGGAAGAAAAAAAAAAAGAGAUCACCGGAACUACCCAUAGGGCUUAGGCUGCAUAAUCAGCAAUGGACAUCGCUUCACGCAGGUCCGUCAUUUCUUCCCUGUGAUGAUGAUCCUCCAGAGAUGCCACAUCCAGAGCCUUCUUCUUCUAGAUCUCCAGCAAAGAUUGAUCCAUCACAGCAUCUCCAGAAGCCCCCUCCUGAGCCUCCUGAUACUCAGCAUCUCCAGGAGCCCCCUCCUGAGCCUCCUGAUACUCAGCAUCUCCAGGAGCCCCCUCCUGAGCCUCCUGAUACUCAGCAUCUCCAGGAGCCCCCUCCUGAGCCUCCUGAUACUCAGCAUCUCCAAGAGCCCCCUCCUGAGCCUCCUGAUACUCAGCAUCUCCAGGAGCCCCCUCCUGAGCCUCCUGAUACUCAGCAUCUCCAAGAGCCCCCUCCUGAGCCUCCUGAUACUCAGCAUCUCCAGGAGCCCCCUCCUGAGCCUCCUGAUACUCAGCAUCUCCAAGAGCCCCCUCCUGAGCCUCCUCAUACUCAGCAUCUCCAGGAGCCCCCUCCUGAGCCUCCUGAUCUGUUGCCUCCACAGCUUUUUCAACCCAACCCUGAGCCAACAGAUAUGCUGACUUCACAACAUGGACAAGGUAUAAUUUGUUUCCCCCAGGAUCCACCGCUUAAACCCCCUGACCCUUCAGACCUAUUUCAUUUAUCUGAAGAGUAUGUCAUUAGCACACAGGUAGUUCAAGAGCAGGGGUGAAACCAUGCGGAAAAGUUGUAUGUGGGCCCUGUGUCAUUUGCGGACAAGCUAUGACAAAUGUAAGAUUCACACAUUUAUCUGCAAUAAACGCUGAACCACUUAAAGAAAUUAUAAGAAGUAAAUCUCCACUUAUUAAAGAAACAGACUGCAUUUGUAAUGCUUGCAGGCUUAAGUUUUCAAAGAAAAUAAAGGAUUCAAGUUACACUCCUGAAAAAAAGAAAAUUCGUUUUACAUCUCCUUGUUUCCUGUCAAAUUACUUGCUAUGUUCAGAUAGUGGAACAGUUAAAACCUCAAUAAAUCUUCAUGAGUUUAAUGAAACAUUUUCUCUUGAAUGUAAUUCUAUCCCAGAAGUUAUUUCUGUAUGUAGAAAGCACAGGGCACAGGUGUCCAAUCACAAACAAAAUUGUUAUUGCUCUCUAUGUAAAUCAUUUAUCAGGGGAAAUGAAAAGAAGUACUCAUCCCAGAAACUUUCACAAUAUGCUAUAGGUAGACUGCAGCAAAUAUCCCCUGACUUUAUCAUAGAUGAUACCAUUCGUUAUAUAUGUUCUAAUUGUUAUCGUUAUUCAAUGAGAAAAAAAGAAACCAAGUUAACAUUAGACGAUUUAGAUACAAAACUAGUGAAAGAAGUUGAAAAGCUAACAGAGGUUGUAGAUUUAAAGACAGCUGGUAUCAAUGCUUUGACAUUAACACUUAAACAGCUUACAGAAUUAUGUAGGUCAGAAUGUGGAUUUUUGAUCACUGAUGCAUAUGACAUUUAUUUGAGUACAUUGCAAAAGGUUUGCAAUAAUGAAUUGCAAUUUCAACAAGCAAAGCGAUCUAAAACAUGGCUGAAAUGUAAAGUAAUGGAUUUCUUUGCAGAUGUUGUUUCAAUCAGCAAAUCCUCAUCCAAAAAGGGGGAUUUAAUUUAUGUUUCAAAUCUUACAAAAGAUGAAAUCAUCAAAGCAUGGAAUGAGUCAAAAUGUAUGAACAGAAGUAUGAAAAACAGUUAUGAAGGUUAUGAAAGUUUACCAUCAACAGAUGAUAAUGUUGAAACCCACAAUGUCAAAUGGGAUGAAUUUAUCUUCAAUAUAAAUCAUUUACUCAGAACUCAAGGAAAAGCAACGAGUGAAUUCUUUUCCCGAGAUCCAUCCUCUGUGCUGAAUUUUGAUUUUGAAAAUAUGAAAUCACAUUUGUACCCAAUUGUGUGGAAUAUAAUAUGUGCUUUAACUGCAAACAGGGAAGAACUAAGUUGUUUAAGAAGUUCAGUUGCAUCUUUUCACAAAGAUUUCCUUUGUUUUUCAGACAACUCUUCCCAUGGAAAUCUUAAGCGCAAUAAGCGCAUGGUUAUAGUCUUUUUACUCCAAUUUCUUUUGAAUGAUAGUAACUCAUAUCCUUUUCAUGUUAUUACAGCAAAUUGUAUAAAAGGCCUUUCUCACUCAUCUAGGUUAAUCAAUAUCAUGAAUAAACUUGGUUUUUGUUGUUCUGAAUCCACCUUGGAACGAUUUUUGCAGGGAUUGAAGGAUGUACGGCAAAUCUCUGGUCCACUUGCUGACCUUUCUCCUUCUUCAUUCACAAUUGUUUCAAUAGAUAACAUUGAUGUUUUGGCCCCAUAUGCAGCUGUUGCUGCAGAUAAAUCAAGGAGUUGGCAUGGCACUUCAAUCAUGGCACAACAGCCGAAACCUAAACAUGAAGAAGCUCUUGAUAAUAUUCCAUCUACCACCCGUACUGAUCUUCCUUCAAAACUUCCUAGUAUUCCUUCAGAAAAUGUUGUUCUAGAAAAAAGACCUAGUAUUCGGAAAAGGUUGCCUGUUUUCAGCGUAGAAUCCCAAGAAAUACCAUCUAAAUCAUAUUUCGAACCUCCGAAAUAUAAGACUUUUAUGAGAAAUCAAGUAAAGGAAGAACAAUUUUUAAUAUCUGAGAAAGAGCAAGAAUCUGUUGUAGACCUCAAUACCAGUUUAUUUAGUUAUGUUUGUGAAAGAUUUGUUUUCCUUGAUGAUCCGAGCAAUGUCAGUCUGCCAGGCAUGAAGCUCAAACUCGCCAUGGAAAAAGACAAUACUAAUGUUAUUAAGUCCAAAUGUUCAUACCUGUAUGUACUAGAUGAAAAGGCAGACUGUCCAGGAACACUUAAACGUACAUUGGGCAUACUAUAUGAUACCUUUAAAGUAAAAGAUGAAACCAAUCACCUCAUCAUUGCUGGUGAUGGGGCCACCAUCAAGCUUCUAUUGAACAUAAAAAAAGAAUAUGGGCCAUCUUUAGAUUGGGUCAUACCCUAUUUAGGCGAUUGGCACGUUCUAAAAAACUUCCAAGAAGUUCUAAUGAAAAUAUAUUGGGAUUCUGGUCUAAAAGAAAUAGCAAAGUUAAGUCACAAACACAUUACAUUGAAAAGCUUAUCAGCAUGUUCAAAUUUUAAGAGGACGCAUAGAUUUUUUAUACAAGUGUUUGAAGCUAUUUACAUGUUGCAAUACCAAAGUUUUUUGGAGUACAGGAAAGGGCAGGAAAAUGUAUUUGAUAAUGAGGAUUUCUUGCUACAAGUCAAAAAUCUCGUUUCCUGCUUGCAGUUUGAAAAUGGGGAAAUUUCAGGAAUGAGUGAGUACAGAGAAGCUGUCAAUCAAUUCAAAUGUUCAGAUAUUAUGUCUAGCAUGAAGCAGGAAUUUGAUGAAUAUUGUGACAUGAUGUCCCUGAAACAUACCACAUUCAAAUUUUGGAACCAGUUCUUAAGAAAAGAUUGCCAUUGUUAUAUUUCUUUGUGGAUAGCUAUUCGAAGUGCUAAUUGGGAUCUGAGAUUAGCAUCACUAAAAGAAAUGGUUCCGUUAUUCCAUGCUUUUGAUAGGUUAAAUUAUGCACAACUCAUUCCGUUACAUUUAAAUAUGUUAAAUGGCUUGCCGGAUUACAUUAUUCAAGAUUUUAAGGAUGGUGGUUUUGUAAAUAGUCUUAGUGGAACUCCCUUUUCCUGUGUUGCCUUUGAUGAGGCGCAUGAAAUGACAAUUAAUAAAGAUUGUAAAAUGUCACUUGCUAAAUCUUUGCCCCAGUCACACAGUAUGGAUAGUAUAGCCGCGACAAUCCAGUAUAGAGCGCAGCUUAUCAAUAAUUUAGCAACUCAGCUUGGCAGUCAAAGACGAAGUAUGCUUUACCGUGAUAUGCAGGCAUCAGUAGUAAAAGCAGAAUUUGCAAAUGUUAAAUUGUAUUUUGAUAAAGUAAGCAGUACAAAUAUGUUUACUCCGAAUGAUCAACCAAAUAACUUAAUACAUGUUUUUUCUGGUACAAUAGCAAAUCCUCAACAGGAAAAAAGUCUUUGUAAUUUUAGAGAUAUUGGACAGGAAUCUUAUGAGGCAUACUACAAAGUUCAAAUCCUACAUGAAACCUCAGUAAGCAAACCAGUACGUCGGAAAAUUAAUUUAAAAACUUUUGCCAAAGAUAAAGUACGUCAGCGACGCGUAAGUGAUCUUGAGAAGGAAAAGAAAUUAAUUACUUUAUGUUACAAAAGAACUAUAGCGAUGUCGGAAGAGCAUCAACAGCCAAUAUCUAGUCUAUUACAAUUUGUUCCUGUGCCCAGAGCUAUUUGCUCCCCCGAUGGGCUCCCACGAAAGGGUUCCAAGGCAAUUGUAUAUGAUUUAUUUCAAAAAAGAUACACUAGUCAAUUUCAAAUUAUAACCGACACAUUUUCUCCACCUUUUUCAGAUACGUGUGUAAUUAUUGAGGGUAUGAAUAUCAUUUACAUGUCCCCAUUAAGACAACAACUUUUUAUUGAUUAUGCCAAUUUAAUUGCGUCUAGAUGGAUAACUCCUUACUUUAAAAAAGGGUACAAAGAAGUUCGAAUUUUAUUCGACCAAGCCGGAACACAAGGGGUAUCUCCCAAGGGGAUUGAAAGAAAACGUAGGGAUCAAACUGAUCUAGACAAUGAAACAUUUGAAAAUAUUGACGACAACACUCCUGUUCCCAAAGAUUGGGGUAGUUUCUUAAAAAAUAGAACAAACAAGUAUGCUUUGAUAAGAUUUUUGUCUCGUAAAUUUGUAUCUAUUGCCCAAUCUCAAUUACAAAAUAAUACCCAGUUUUUCAUUACAUCCGGUGGUUUUAAUGUAGGUUUAGAUACGAAUGCAGAAUAUAGUGGGGCUGUUGUGACGAUGCAAGGUAAAGACAGACAUAAUAUUCAACACAAUCAUGAGGAAACAGACACACAAAUAUGGUUACAUGUCUUUGAUACUUCAUGUUCAAAUAUUUUAGUAUAUUCUCUUGAUCGAGAUAUAAGUAUGAUUGGGCUUCCCCUUGAUUUUGGAACUAAAGAGGUAACUGUGCAAUAUUGUGCCAAAGUAGGUAACAACAAAUAUUUGCAGCUCAACAAGUUACAAUCUGCCCUUAAAAAAGAUUCCGACCUUGCUCAAUUAAUAACAAAAGGAAUUGAUAUAACUAAAUGUAUGCAAGUGCUAUAUAUUUGUAGUGGUUGCGAUUUUGUAUCUUUCUUUUCUCACUUUGGAAAGACUAUAUUUUUCAAAGUUUUUUUUCAGUAUGCAAAUUUUAUAACUGGAGAUCUCAGUAACUCUUCACCUGGUCAUUUAAAUGAUACUUCUGUUCCUUCAGAUUAUGAACUGGGUUCGCUGUCAUUUUAUCGUCUUAUUCUAUGUUUGUAUUUUAAUGCCAAUCGGGCUUGUCUAAAUAAGUUUAGUAAUCCAAUUGAACUAUUUGACAGUGUCAGUGGUAAUUCUGCUUUAGAUCAUCACCAUGAAGCUCUUGACCUUGUUAGGAAAGCAUCAUGGAAAGGAGUGUAUGAAGAUGAGUUGAUGCCAUCAAACAGUGCUCUGCAUUUCCACUGGCUGAGAUCUUGUUGGGUCAGUACCGUUUGGGGUCAAGCUCAAACACAGCAGUUUAUGUAUCCUGAUAUCUCAUUGUAUGGGUACAAUGUGUCACAACACUUAGGAGAAAUCCAAGUGGAUAUCAUCUGGGAUACUGAAGAAAAUAUUGACAAAGUUAAAAACAACAUCAUGUAUUUAACCCGUGGAUGUUCAUGUAAAAAAAACAAAUGCAUCACUCGGCAGUGCAAGUGCAGAAAAGCUAACAACGUUUGUGGGCCUGGUUGUAGGUGCAAAAGUUGUGAGAAUAUACCAAAUACAGAUACUUUAGACACUUCCUCAAUUGUCUCAGAUUCAAACAGUGAAUGCAGUGAAUUGAGUGAAAAUGACGAUACCGAUUUAACAUUAGAUUACACUGACAGUGAGGAUUUUUCAGAUGAAGGAAAUGAUGUAUACUUGUCAGAUAUAGAGGACCUUGACAUUGAGGAAUUUGAUUGAAAACUGCCCUUUUCUGCCCUAUUCAAAGGUAUGAAUAUACAGUAUUCAGGUACUUCCAUGUUUUUGCCAAAGAUUUACAAUGGUGCCAGAAGAUUUGUAGAAAAGAUUUUAUAUUAUGUUGUACAUAUUAGUAAACAGUUUGUAACUUUGCCAAAGAAAACUUUUAUAUGUGUAUGUAAACAUUGACAUGUAUGUAAGUGGCAGACAUGUACCUUGAUAUUACACUGAUGAUGUACAUGUGUAAUAACUUUCAGGGCCAGCAUUCCAGUUUUCUCUUUCAUGUACAGCUACCUCACAUAUUAUAUAUGUAAAGAUAUUAUUGUUAAGCUGCACUACCAUAUGCACUUUCCAAAGACUGGAUUGUAUGAUGAUCUCUAAAUGAUUUUGUAUGUUAUUCACCUUGUUACUUACAUCUUGUGUUCUUGCCAAAUAGAUUUCCCCAAGUGGGCUUUCUUCUUUGCAAAGUAUGUGCAACUGAUGUAACCAGUGUUCACUAGAUUUUUUACGUGUUGUACUGAUAUAUGUAAUUUUUCUCAGCAAGUAUUUAUUCACUCCAAAGAACAUGGAGCUUAUGUGACAGUUUCGUAACAUGAAUAUUUAUUUUUUAUUAUGACUUAACAUAUGUUUCUGCAAACUGGGUAUUAUAGAUAAUAUUUUUGAGCACUGAGAUUGUCUUCACAUACCCAAAGCUUAUUUAGAAUACAUGUAUGCAUUUAUUUCAUCUAUCUGUUUUUUUAAAAAGUCAUUAUUUGAUAUACAUGUACCUGUACUAUACAACUGUAAGAAAAUAAGAAGCUAAAGAUAUUCAUUAUAUCAUCAAGGAAAGAAUUGUUAACAUUAUGCACUACCUGAUGAGCCAUUAUCUUUCAAGAGUCAUAUUUUCCUGUUUAAAAAUAUGUUACACCAGUGCAAACUCCAUGCUGCAAGUGUGCCAUCUGUUUGUAUCAAAAACUUGCCAUAUCUAAAUGUAUUUUUUAAGUCUAUGUAUUUUUUGGCACAUGGAAUUGGAUGUUUGAUGUUCAAAACUAAUGGGUACGUAGGUGUUGCUGAAGUAUUCUUGAAACAUUCCUGGUACUUUAUUUGUAUUGUAAAAAUCAUAUUAUCAUUGUUUCUUGCCAAAGAGCUGUAUUUUAGUGUGUGAAAAAUAGUAGCAGUACGUACUCAUGCAGAUGUGCCAUCUUUCUGUUUUCAUUGUGAUCUGUUAUGUACAGUGGAUAUUUCCACCAAUAAAACCUUGUUUUGGAUUUGCAA